UUGCAAACACUCCUCAUAGAUGGCACUACAAUUGUUACUCAACCUUUGCAUUAUGUAAAAGUAACUUUAAAAUAGGAGAUUUGGUGGGAAACUUGUAAAAGGCAUUGAAGUUUUGGAAGCGAACGGAGUUGAAGGUUCAAGAGCAGAUGGUGUUAAUAUAUGCCGUUCAUACGCGUUGUGGUUCUAUUAAUAAGUAUUAUAUGUAAAAGUUUAUAUUUGUAAAUUAGCUGUGAAGAGGUGAAGAGAAAACUGCAUUGGGUGAAACAUUCCGUUAUAUAUAGCAGCUACAUUAUGAUGGAUAGAUCAUUAUAUGAUUUCCCUCUGGGAAAACGAGUCAGUACUGAAGAACGUUGUAGUGCGUUAGAGCUGCCUGUCGUCAAGCGAUGGACCUGCGAACAGACGUCGUACAGUGGAGAAAAAAUAAGAGCUGAACGAGUUGUUCUGGAACUUUGUGUUUGUAAUGAUAAGGUUUCAAGUUUUAAAUCCUACGCAGUGAAAUAUGAGGUACCUGCCUCAGUACUGAACAUGUACUCUGAAAACAUAAAUACUCCCCGCCUGAAAGAUGUUCCUGAUCGUUGUCUCCGGCAGAAAGGAAAAGUGGAAACGCUUCCUGAACUAAAAACCAAUAUGAAGCCAUUGAGUUCAACAGCAAGGAAUUUAACUCAUAACAUAUACAGAUGGAGAAAGAAUAAAACAGAAAGCAAAACAAAGAAUUCUGCAGAGCAAGGAAUAUAUAUAUUCUUAGCACUCAUAUUUGUAGUUGCAGCUGUUGUUGUAUGCAGUUCAUUAUAUUUUGCUUCACAACAGAGGGUGUGUGAAAUGACGUUGGAUAUGGGUGUUCUAAGAACUGCACUUGAAAAUAAUAUAUUUGGUCAGAAGGCUGCAGUGCAUGACAUCAUGUCUGUUUUGAACAAGUUCUAUAACACACAUUAUCCAGGAAUUGUAAUAUUGGCAUUUGCUGGGGGGACAGGUGUUGGGUAAUGGAUAUGUGGAACCUCAAUUUCAAGUUAUGGAAGAAAAAGUAACUAGCAUUUUUCAAGAUGUUGCAUUAGAAGUCAGUUUUAUCACUUUCAGACCUCUCCAACGUGAAGAUAUUAUGAUGUGUAUUCAAGCAGCUGUAAAUUGGCAAGGAAUUGCUUUGUCGAAUAGUGACAUUGAGAAGGUCAUGGCCCUGUUACCUCAGGGCACUGGAUGUAAGGGAGUUGCUAGCAAGGUACCGCUUCUGUCUCAUUGAACACUGUGAUAAAUUCUGAGUGUGGAGAGAAGUCUCACGGAGGAUGGGGAUGUCAGUGCUUGAGAUUCCCCCCUUCUCUGUUUUCUCCUGCCCUAUAUCAUCAGCUGCCUAUAAUGUGUGUCACUACCAGAGGUAUGAAGGGGGAUGCAGGGAAGUAUUAUGGAGGGGCAAUUGUAUGAACUCGAGCAGGUCAGCCUGUGGGACAUCUUUCUGUCACCUCAGUGUAUCUAACAUAAUUUGUUAUAGCAUGUCAUUGCCAGACAUUAAACUGACUGAGGAGGACUGAACGCUUGCCCUCCUUUCGCAUGUUAAACUUAGCUCCAGUUGAAAUAGCAAAGCUUCUUGCGCUGAAUAUGGGCAUGAACUCAGUACAUGUUACUGUACAUUGGCCUGUCUUUGUAAGGUGCAGUACCAGAGCUGUAGGAGUGUCCUGAGUGCAUGGACGCUGGCGACAGACACCUCAUGGCUAUCCUGAUCAGGGCAUAUACUUCUAAAUGGGAUAAAUGCAAGUUUGUAACAUAUUUUAUGGCUGUGACUCUUGGAAGAUCCUAGUGGCUCCCACAUCCAUGUGCUGCCUUGCUUUUUGCAUAAUUUCUGUCAUACUAACAUAAGUCAAAAUGUAGACUUUGUGUAACUAUUUUUUUAAUAUGUACAGUUGUUAGUAAGAUAACUGAAAUGUGACACUGUAGUUUGGUAACUAUUUCACUGCCAUCUUAUGUACAGUUAAUGGUUUUACAUGCUGUAUGGGUUGUAACGCCAUGCAGUCUGCAAGGAGCCCCAACAUUUCGGAGAAAUAUACUGCCUCCAUCUUAAGGGUCAAUUAGUAAACCAAAGAAGAAACAACCCAUCAUAAGAAGGCAGCAAGCUCAAGCUUUAAAACAUUUGGUUGUCUCCGAACCGUGUGGCAUUACAACCUGGAAGACUGCUUACUUUAUUGUGAAUUGAUUCCUCAUGUUCAUCUGUGAUAAAACUGUAUACAAAUGUUAUCCUGCCCAGUUAAUGAGAUUUAUCAGUUACAAUAGAAAUGCUGACCAUGUAGAAUGCUGAAUAUUUCAACUAAAUGGAGAUCGGGGAGGACAGCUUGUUUUGUUCUUGUUUUUUAAUUUACAAAUAAAUAAAAUGUGAAAAGUGUC